UGUUUUGAAUCGGAGAAAUUUAACCGUCGAGCGCUGACCCACACACACACAGCUCGCUGUGCAUCAGAAAACUUAACGUGUGUGCGCUGAUUUAUUCUCCCAAAACGGAAUAAAGUAUCACUGCAAGAUGGAUUUAGACUCCAUGAAGUAUGCGGAGCUGAGAAGCCUCGCGAAGGAGCUCGGCCUUAAAGCCAAUAUGAAGGCCGAUAAACUCCUGAAAGCGAUCAAGCGCCAUUAUCAACCAGAACAGGAGGAGGAAGAGCAGGGACAAAAGCAAGAUGUUACUGCUGUUCAAGAAGACGUAACUGCCACACAAGAAAGUCCUAGGGAAAAUAAAGACUCAUCAUGCAAGGAAGACGUUUUCAGCCCCGCUGUGUUUGUGAACACACGCCGGGCCCGGGGGAAAGGCAACCGUACCAAGAGAAAGAUCUCUGAUACUACAACGGUGCCUGAGAGUGAUGCCAAGUUACUUCCAAGUGCUGCAGAGGGUGACAUCGAAGUGGCUGAAUCUAGCUCGAAAAAGAGGAAAGUGUCCUCUGCCAAGGAUACUGACAAAAGUGAAACUGAGCCUCCUAAGGAGUCCCAGGACACUGACAGUGAGCAGCAGCCGGACAUUAAGGAUGAAGCACCUGUGCAUGGUGAUACAGCACCAAAAGUGGCCAAAGCUGGUAGGAUCCCUCGCUACCAAGGACUCCAGCAGAAGACCAAGCCGUUGCUGAAGCCCGUCACUCCUAAUUUCAAAAAACUCCACGAGGCACAUUUUAACAAGAUGGAGUCGAUUGACUCCUAUGUCCAGCGAAAGACCAAGCAGAUGGAGACGUUCAGAAGUUCAGUUAAAGAACUGAAGAAGCUUUCUGACAAAACUAAACUGCAGCAAGUUGAUGGCAAAACUCAAGUGAAGGCAAACCAGAGUCGUGCCUCUAUGUUCAGCCCUGUCCUGGCGAGUAAGGGACCAGCUGAGGACAAACGCAGACACACUUUGCUGUCUGCCAGCAAAGCUCCUCCAAAUAAACCUGCUGGGAAGCAAGACGCUCUGUUCAGACCGUCCGUCCUUUCCACUCGCAGGAUCAACGUUCGGUUCUCAGAAGCCACUCAUGACAACGUGUUGAAGAAGUCCUUGGUGAAGACGCCGGCGCGCAUCUCAUCCUGCGUGGCCUCGAGCACCCCACAAAAUCAACCCGGUAAUGGAGGGAAGUCCAAAAAUGUGAAGGCAUUAACUUUCUCUGCCACAAAAACUCCAGGAGCAUUCGUUUUCACCGGCAACACGAGUACUUCCACAACCCCCGGUGCACAGAAGUCCAGCUUUGAUCUGAAGGCGAGUCUGUCUCGUCCCCUCACCUACAAGCCUCAUACAGGUAAACUGAAGCCGUUUGGAGACACGAAUGAAAACGCGGUGGGAAACAAGUCGCUGAUCUCCAACUCCCAUCAGAAGAAUUACAAACAGCACCAAGUCCAGACAAGGGGGGACAGAAGAGCAAAACACGCAGAAGACCGGAAGCAGAAGAAGGAGAGUAUGCUUGGGGCGAGAAGAGGCCUCGUCAUGAUGUAAACAUAACGUGGUUGUUUGUUGAUGCUUUGUAUAGACUUCUUUUUUUCUUCUUCUCCCCAGUGUAAAUAUUUUGUCGUCUGCCGUGGACUCUUUCAUUUCUGCAGUCUCUCUUAGCCUACUAUUAGGAAGCUCACAUUUCCUGCUUCUAUACAACCUAUAUAGAGUUAAGCCCUUCCAGCUCUAAAUGAUGCUUUGCGUUUGAACGUGUAAAGAAUUGAUGUUCUGUUUUUGCUGCGUUUCCUGAAACUGGUCAUUUUGUUCUUAAAAAUGGGAUGUGCUUUGUUUUUACUUGUUGGGAAAAUGAUAAAGACAUUGAUACAAAUGUUUGCUAUUGUAGUCUUUUAACAUUUGUAUGCAUGAUAUCAGGAUUUUAAAAUUAAAUUUGAUCUUCAAAAAAAGAAGUCAGAAUUCACAUUAGAAAUAUUUUUAUUAAGAUCUGGUUGUUUGACAUGAUCUGUUGGAUGUAAAUGUGUCACAUACAGGACUUGGAACACAAUAAACAACCUGGUAUUGUUGUGAAAGAGCA